UUUUUUUGUUUUUUUUGUUGUUGCUAUAUUUCCUUUUUAUUAAAGAAAGACUGACUAAAAGGAAUAAACAAAUUUCGAAAAACAAACAAACCAAAAAAAAAUACGGCAAAAGGAUAUUAUGUAAGAAAAAUGUGUGUUACUACUAUACUUAAUGAUAACAUAUUUGUUUUAAAUGUAUAUUCACAUUGUUAUGCCUUUUUAAAUAAUGUUUUAUCGCGUGCGUUUUCAACUGGAAAACAAAAAUGCUUCGUGACGUCAAAAAGAGCCGCGUCUAAAAUUUUGAUCGUCCGCCAACGACGCAUCCCUCCUCCUCAGACCACAGCGACCACCACCAGAGCACCGAGACACGAUGGAGGUGUCAGCCGGGGACGAGAAGAUGUGUGCGCCGGCGGAGGUGAACCAGAAGAAGGCGAAAGCGAGGAGGAAAAGGCGGAAGGAGUUGCUCGUCGUACAAAUAUGUUUGUUCGCCGGUAUGCUUCUUAUCGUCAAGGGACUUUCCUUCCUGGUAGAAGAUUCUGAUGUUGACGUCUCCAGCCACAGUACCAAUCAGCGGGAUGGAUGGGGGGCAAGGAAGCUGCUGCAGAAAAUUGACAACAGCAGCAUGGUGGAAAUGGAGAUAGAACAUAAUUGCACUUCUCCAGCUUUGCAGGAGUUCCCCACAGACCUGUUCACGAACAAAGAGAGAACAGAAGGAGCAGUGGCCUUGCAUGUCUUGUGUACCAUAUACAUGUUUUGUGCUCUAGCUUUGGUCUGCGAUGACUACUUUGUCCCCUCCCUGGAGAAGAUAUGUCAGCGUCUAAAUCUUAGUGAAGAUGUGGCAGGUGCAACUUUCAUGGCCGCGGGCAGCUCAGCUCCCGAGCUCUUCACUUCCAUCAUAGGCGUGUUCAUCACCAAAGGUGACGUUGGUGUGGGGACCAUUGUGGGCUCAGCAGUCUUUAACAUACUCUGCAUCAUCGGUGUGUGUGGCUUCUUUGCAGGACAGGCUGUGAAGCUUUCUCAUUGGGCUCUCCUUCGAGAUUCUGUUUACUACAUAUUUUCUAUUAUGGCCCUCAUUGCGGUUAUCUACGAUGAGAAGGUGUGCUGGUGGGAAUCGCUCGUCCUUGUUCUGAUGUAUGCGAUCUACAUUCUCAUCAUGAAGUUCAACAACAGGGUUCAGGGUUACCUCACCUAUCGUAAGAAGAACUCUGUGAGUUUGGUCAAUGUGUUAACGGGAAGCACUGACCUGGAAGAUGUGACCUGUGAUGCUACAGCAGUCCUGCUCAAAAAAGCUAACUUCCAAUACAAGCCGUCUGUGCUGAUGGUAGACGAGCUUCUGUCUGCAUAUCCUCACCAAAUGACUUUCUCUGAAGCUGGCAUGAGAAUCAUGAUCAGCAGUCAUUUCUCCCCAAAAACCCGCCUCGCCAUGGCCUCCCGGAUGCUGAUCAAUGAGAGACAACGACUCCUCAACACCACAGAGACUCGAGUCAACCGCGUCACCAAUGGCGACUCUGAUUCAGCAGCCAGGGCCCAGGACAGGGGGAGCCUGGAGAGCGGUAUCGGCAGUGCUGAGCUGGGGAUGAACGGCACGUGCGCACUACAGCGAUUGGAGUCUGCAAUGGAGAAUGAAAACGAGGACAAUGAGAACAACGAGAAUGACGGGGAGGGACAGGGAGAAGACGGGAAUGAAGGCCCGCUGGUGCCGUUCAAAGCUCCAGCGGGUGUGUGCAACAAGCUGAAGUGGUUAACCAUGUGGCCGCUGUCUUUGCUUCUGUUCUUCACCGUGCCCAACUGUGCCAAGCGAGGCUGGGAGAAGUGGUUUUUGGUGUCAUUCUUCACUGCUACAGUCUGGAUCGCCGGCCUCUCCUACAUCAUGGUCUGGAUGGUGACUGUGAUUGGCUUCACUCUUGGCAUCCCAGAUGUCAUCAUGGGCAUCACGUUUCUGGCAGCGGGCACUAGUGUCCCAGACUGCAUGGCCAGUGUUAUAGUUGCUCGGCAAGGUCUGGGAGACAUGGCCAUCUCCAACUCCAUUGGCAGUAAUGUGUUUGACAUCCUCGUGGGCCUGGGCCUGCCCUGGGCUCUGCAAACACUCUGCAUAGACUACGGCUCCAACAUCCAUCUGAACAGCAGGGGACUCAUUUUCUCUGUCGGACUCUUACUGGCCUCAGUCUUCUUCACAGUCCUGGGAGUCCAUUUAAACAAAUGGACUCUGGACUGGAAAUUAGGCUCGGUCUGCCUCGCAAUGUAUGCCAUCUUCCUCUGUUUCUCCGUCCUCAUCGAGUUCAACGUUUUCACCUUCGUCAACCUCCCGAUGUGCCGAGACAUCCACUGAUGUCUGCUUGUUCUCCGUGUAAGCCAGGAGGGAACUUCUUUUGUCCGGGUGCCUCCAGACAAACUCACUCCUUUUUUUUUUUUGCGCUGCCGUGACUGCACGCCAGAGCGGAAAAAGCGUUUUGGGGGACGGGACGGGAGGCGGGGAGAUUGAGUCUUUUCUACUACACCAAAGGUUUGGCAGACCUGAAUUUAACUGCUGGUGCAAGACACUGCCAGAAAUGUGAAGUUUUCACUGGAUUCUUCAUUUUUUGAAGAAGUUUUACAUUAAACCACUUAAGUUAUUGGUUAGUAAAAAUAUAAAUUUUUCUGUACACAUUUCAACUGAUAAUAACGCAAUAGGAAUAUUGCACUGUAUAGCACUUUUCAUAAGCAAUCCGCCCCAAAAGGUCUGACAAAAACAGAAUUGUUAAAAAAAAAAAAAACCAAGCAAAUUUUCCCAUGGGAAAUAGUGUACCAUAUUUUUCACUUAAAAUCCUUUCAUUUUCUCAAAAAUUGACAGUGCGCCUUAUAACCCGGUGCGCCCAAUGUACAGCAUAAUUCUGGUUGUGCUUACUGACAUCAAAUCAAUUUUAUUUGAUACAUGGUGUAAUAAGACCAGUGGAUGGUGGUUUCACAUAAGAGCAACGUGUCGACUGCAAUAUGAUGGCAGUAAACAACACCAUACUACUACAUACAUGCAUGCUCAGUGUAUGUAUGCAUGUAUGUAUGUAGUAGUAUCAGUUUUAUUAGUGCAUGUUGUUGUAUCAUCUAUUUGCAAUAUAUUGUCACAUUUGUAUCGUAGUAUUUAAAUGGAUGCCAUUGAGAUUAACCAAAUGCGACUAUUUAAACGUGGCACUUUGGCGGAAUAAGUGGAUGCCAGUCAGGUGUUUAUGAUGACUUGUAAUGAAGAACAUAUGCCGAACUCGCACUAGGCCCUUAGUACUGUGCAGGACUUCUGCUCAAACUGGCCUGUUUACUGCAAAACUUUGUGACUUUUCACCAGUCUUCUCUUGAAUUGACCACUGCGCAAAAGAGGGCGGUUGUCAUUGAGUACAAAACCCAAAAACCAGUGAAGUUGGCACGUUGUGUAAAUGGUAAAUACAAACAGAAUACAAUGAUUUGCAAAUCCUUUUCAACUUAUAUUUAAUUGAAUAGACUGCAAUGACAAGAUACUUAACAUUUAACCUGGAAAACUUUAUUUUUUUGCAAAUAUUAGCUCGUUUGGAAUUUGAUGCCUGCAACAUGUUUCAAAAAAGUUGGCACAAGUAGCAAAAAUGACUGAGAAAGUUGAGGAAUGCUCAUCAAACACUUAAUUGGAAGAUCCCACGGGUGAGCAGGCUAAUUGGGAACAGGUGGGUGUCAUGAUCGGGUGUCAAAGCAGCUUGCAUGAAAUGCUGUCAUUCACAAACAAGGACGGGGCGAGGGUCACCACUUUGUGAACAAAUUGUUUAAGAACAACAUUUGUCAACAAGUUAUUGCAAGGACUUUAGCGAUUUCAACGUCUACAGUCCGUAAUAUAAUCAAAAGGUUCAGAAAAUGUGGAGAAAUCACUGCAUGUAAGCAGUGAUAUUACGGAUCUUCGAUACCUUGGGCAGGAACCACAUCUAAAAGCGACAUCAGUGUGGAAAGGAUAUAACCACAUGGGCUCAGGAACACUUCAGAAAACCACUGUCAGUAACUACAGUCCGUCACUACAUCUGUAAGGGCAAGAUAAAAUUCUACUAUGCCAAGUGAAAGCCAAUAAUCAACAACACCCAGAAACACCGCCAGCUUCGCUGGGUCCGAUCUCAUCAACAUUGGACUCAUGCAAAGAGGAAAAGUGUUCUGUGGUCUGACGAGUGCACAUUUAGAAUUGUUUUUGGAAACUGUGGACGUUGUGUCAUCCGGACCAAAGAAGAAAGGAACCAUCCGGAUUGUUAUAGGCAGAAAGUUGAAAAGCCAGCAUCUAUGAUGGUAUGGGGGUGUAUUAGUCCCCAAGGCAUGGUUAACUUACACAUCUGUAAAGGCACCAUUAAUUCUAAAAAGUACAUACAGGUUUUGGAGCAACAUAUAUUGCCAUCCAAGCAACGUUAUCAUGGACGCCCCUGCUUAUUUCAGCAAGACAUUGCCAAGCCACGUGUUACAACAGCGUGGCUCCGUAGUAAAAGACUGCGGGUAUUAAACUGGCCUGCCUGUAGUCCAGACCUGUCUCCCAUUGAAAAUGUGUGGUGCAUUAUGAAGCCUAAAAUACCACAAAGGAGACCACGGACUUGUUUAACAACUUAAGCUGUACGUCAAGCAAGACAGGGAAAGAAUUCCACCUGGAAAGCUUCAAAAUGUGGUCUCCUCAGUUCCCAAUGUUGUUAAAAGGAAAGGCCAUGUAACACAGUGGUAAAAAUGCCCCUGUGCCAACUUUUUUUGCAAUGUGUUGCUGCCAUUAAAUUCUAAGCAAAAAAAAAUAUGAUUCUCAAUUGGAACAUUAAAUUGUCUUUGCAGUCUAUUCAAUUAAAUAUAAAUAGAAAAGGAUUGGCAAAUCAUUGUAUUCUGUUUUUAUUUAGGAAUUACACAACAUGCCAACUUCAUGGGUUUUGGGGUUUGUACAAUAUUGUACACUGUCUCCUUGUACUUAUAUCUCAUGUGUGAAACAAAAUCUAAAAUGUGUUUAAAAUGUGCAGGUUUACGGUAUCAAAAAUAAGAAUUUUUGAAGUGAUGCCGUAAAAUUCAGAUUGGCGGUGCUCUUCUGUUACAGAAAAUGUGCAUGCCUCGUUUUCAUUGCUGAUUUUUUUUUGUGUGGAGCACUGGUAAAUACAGAUAUGGAAGUAUCAUUUCUGACAAUCACAUUCAGAUUUAUUGGCCGGCUAUGUUCGAACCAUGAUGACUUUGACUUAGUUUAAUGCAAGAAAAAAGCAGCUAUAUUUAAAGUGUUUUGACUGCAAUUACACAGUUAAUUGUGGCUAAUUAAUGUUGUUGAUGUGCAAGGCAAUACCUCACUUUUGUUGGUUUCGAGGCAAUAAGCUCAAAGCCAGAGUGGAAACAGCCAAAAGUCUUCCUGGAAUAAACAGCGUUGAAUACACUUAAA